AUGGGUCGUGCUAAAUUAAAGAUGGAAUAUAUUGCAAACAAGAAAAAUCGGAAGAAAACUUACAGCGAAAGAUUGAAAACAUUGAAGAAGAGUAUUUAUGAGUUCUCUGAGUUAUGUGGUGUUGAUGCCUGUAUGAUUGUUUAUGAUCCAGAUCAAGGUAAACCUGAGAUAUGUCCUAGAAACAUGAAUGAAGUUCAAAGAAUCACCAAACGGUAUCUCCAAAUUCCUAAAGAAAAACGUGAUAAACUAAUCUUGGAUGAUAAGAAAAAAGAGAAGACUCGUGAGUAUGAUGAAAUGCCUAUGUCAAGACAGGUGAAUGGAUUUAGUAUCAAACAACUUGAACAGCUCCAUAGCAAAUUGGGAUCCAAAAUUGAAACUUUAAGUGAGAAAAUUCAGUCCAUGGAUGGAGGAGGAGCAGGGAUGUCCAAUGAAGCCCCACAGAAAGAAUACCCUUGCUAUAAUCCAGAGAGAGCUUCUGAUCAUGAACCCACUGUUAGAACAAACGGCUUUGUUAUACCAAAUUUGCAUGGACUAUGUUUUGAUCUCUAUACCCAUUGUCCACUACUUGUUUUUUCAUUUGAAUAG